AUGCUGAAAAACGCUCAUAAAUUAGAGCCUGGCAAUCGCGGAUCAACGACUGUGCCAUCUUCGUCAUCUUCCCUCGAUAGUGGACAAGAAGGGCAUGAUUAUGUAAGUUUCAAGAAACAGUACAAGCUUGGACCUGAAUUAGGACGCGGUGGCUUCGGGACUGUUUAUUCUGGGUUUCGUAUAAUUGACGGUUUGCCAGUGGCAGUGAAGUACGUGUCAAAGAAUAACAUAACUGGAUGGAAAAAGAGUCCUAGCAUUGGUAAGGAGCUGCCUGUUGAGAUAGUCCUUCUAAUGGAAUGUAGAAAUAUAAUGGGCGUUAUCCAAAUGUACGAUUGGUUUGAACGAUCAGAUGGAUUCCUGAUCGUGAUGGAGCGACCGUCACCAUGCCAGGACUUGUUUGAUUAUAUAUCGGAACACGGGGCACUGGAUGAAAAAAUUGCGCGAAAUUUUUUCAAACAGGUUGUGCAUACUGUGAAAGCAUGUAUGGAUGUAAAUGUUAUCCAUCGAGACAUCAAGGACGAAAAUUUGGUUGUGGAUUUGAAA